GCGCGCGCCACCGUCGGCACGACGGGAAAAUCAAUAGCGCCCUAGUGGCACAGCUGCGCGCGCGAUCCGCGAGCGAGGGGAGCCGAGGCCAGUGGGAGAGUGACAUGUCGACGGCGCGCCGCUUCUUGUGACCGCCGUGACCUUAGGCGACCCGACCAUGCGACAGCCACCGGCGUGGGCCGGCCUCUGCGCGCUGGCGCUCCUGCUGCCGACCUGGGGCAGCGAUGUGCCGCAUUCCAUGGUGACGAUAUGGGCGACAAACUUUGGAAACAUUCUUUCCGAAAUCUGCAAGCAAAAUACGUCACGGGACUCCAUCUAUAACGCUUAUGAAACCUCGGCCUCCAUCACGACCGUUGACGGCAUGCAGGUGGUCAAGAGAAUGGCGCUGGAUAUGAUGGAGAUGAUGGGGGCCAAGAAGGACGCCGUAACGAUGAUCGUCGAUAUGGCGGAGACGGCGGCCAUGUCGCACAUAGACGAGCCCGAACCCCACGUGGACUACUUCAACGCCAAGAAGCUCAACGAGUACGAGACGAUCCGCAACAACAUCACCCUGAAGCAGGGCUACAGGGAGUUCAAGCUGGGCAACUCCUCCAAGCACUUCAGCGGCAUACCCGUCAACAUGACGCACAGCACCGUCCACGUCCCCACCAACGUGUACGACAAAUCUUCGGACGUGCUUAAUACAAUCAAGUGGUCCGAGAAGCUGGAUAGAGUCUUCGUCUCCAACUUCAAGAACGACCCGUCCAUGUCCUGGCAGUACUUCGGCUCGUCCACGGGUAUAAUGCGCCAGUAUCCAGGGGUCAAGUGGAUCGUGGACCCCGAGGACCCGGACCUGUACGACUGCCGCAUGCGUGAGUGGUACAUCCGCGCGGCCAGCAGUCCCAAGGAUGUGAUCGUUCUCCUCGACCUGUCCGGCUCCAUGACUGGCUUGAGGGUGGAGAUCGCCAAACACGUGGUCCUCAACAUCCUCGACACGCUCAAUACCAACGACUACGUGAACAUCUACAACUUCUCCAGCGAGGUCGAAGCGCUGUAUCCGUGCUUCGCCGAUACCCUGGUGCAGGCAAAUCUGGAAAAUAUACGCAUCUUUAAGGAAGCCCUAGAUAAAGUAGAAACGCGCGAGCUAGCCAACUUUGCGACAGCGCUCACCCAAGCAUUCAAGACACUCAAACAGCAACGGGAGACGAAUGAGAGCGCCCAGUGCAACCAGGCCAUCAUGCUGAUCACUGACGGCGCCCCGGAAAAGUUCGAGCAGGUCUUCAAGACGUAUAACCGGCCCGAAAAGCCCGUGCGCGUGUUCACGUACCUGAUCGGCCGGGACGUAACGGACCGCGAGGCCGUUGAAUGGAUGGCGUGCGCCAACAAAGGGUACUUCACGCACGUGACGACGCUGGCUGAGGUGCGGGAGCAGGUGCAGAAGUACGUGCCGGUCCUGGCGCGGCCCUGGGUGCUUUACAAGACCGACCACCCCGUCAUCUGGACCGGCGUGUACGCCGACAUCGCUGACCCCAAACUAACCGACUGGCUGUGGGAGAUCCGCGAGCGCGCGCGCCAGUACCAACGCAGCAAGAACUACCAGACCAUCAUCAAAAACUCGGCCGGCCCGGACGAGAAGGUGGGCGGCCGCACCGAGAGGCAGUGCUACGACGAGAUGGAGAACUUCCUCAGCUUCGGCGUCCGCAGACUCAAUAAGACGGAACGAGAAAGAAUCGAAGCACAGAGGUAUCAAGACACCAAGCUAGACCUACGUGAGAGAGGCCUCAGCAAUAAGUGGACAUUAUACAUUGGGCGCACUGGCAGCGAGGCGACCCGCCGCGGCUACCGCCUCAUGACCUCCAUCUCCAUGCCCGUCUUCGACAAGAACAGCAAGGGGAACGUGACGGAAAAGGUUUUCGUCAAUAACACUCAGUGGGUGUACCGUACCCAAGAGAAGCGCGUGGCCCGGUUGCUGGGCGUGGCCGGGACGGACGUGCCGCUGAGCGACAUCCAGAAGCACGCGCCGCCACACAAGCUCGGCGUCAACGGCUAUUCUUUCUUGGUCGACAACAACGGUUACGUGCUGUACCACCCAGACCUGCGCCCCGUGCACAGAGAAGCCACGAAGCAGUUCCAAGAGAUCUUGAAACCCAAUUACAACACUGUGGACUUGGCCGAAGUGGAAAUUGUAGACAACGACGAGCCAAGAAGUAACGAUACUAAGCUGUUCAUGUUGCGGAAGGAUAUGAUUGAUCGACAGAAGGCGGAGACGUCGCUGUAUGUGCGACAGCACCUCGACGACAUGAAACGCGUCAUCAAGCGGCGGCAGAAGUACUACUACCACCCGGUGGACUCGACGCCGUUCUCGCUGGGCAUCGCUCUGCCCGACCGGUACGGGGACGAGCGCGUCAGCGGCCAGGUGGAGCUGACUCAGGCCGGCAGAAAUAGGGAACCGAUACUGGAUUACCUCGAGGGUCCGAAUUGGAGCGUCCACCCAGACUGGGUGUACUGUGAGUACGACAACCAGGACACCGACGCUCAUUCGUUUGACACCCCGGAGGAUCAAUAUCGGCAUUUCCUGAAGAAGGCCAUCUCGACCUCCGGCUUCCAGUGGCGCUCCAAGCGCGUGUACCCGGUGCCGGAGGUCAAGGAGCCCACCGGCCGCUACAGAUCUGACGAAACAAGAUCAGGGACGUAUUUCUGCGACCGCGACCUCUUCCAGUCGGUGGUGUUCGACGCCAAGGUCACGCUGUCCUUCAAGCAGGGACAGUCCUCCUCCAAGCACCCACUCGCGCCUAUCGUCGCCCAGAUGGCCAGGAUGGGUCUGUUCCACACAUUCGGGGCGGCGCACAGCUUCGUGGCCACCCGCUCGGGCUUCACGCGCUGGAAGACUCACUGGCCCCGAGACAUGGAUGUCGACCGCGAGGAUAUGAAGUUCAAUGGCGUCCGUGCCACGGACGAGGUUUGGUACAAGCGGGCCGUCGAUUACCACGACCACGACCCGACCGCGUUCGUGUACUCGGUACCGUUCGACGCCGGCCUGCGCAACGAGUCGCUGGUGACCGGCGCGCAGGCGCUGUUCCUGCGCAAGGGCAGCAAGCGCACGCCGGCAGCCGUGGUCGGCAUGCAGUUCCUGCACUCGCGGUUCCGCGAGAAGUUCCUCUCGACGGCCAACUGUCCUGCGCUGGGCAACUGCUCGCAGACGUGCGCCUCGGACGACCUCGACUGCUACCUGCUCGACGACUCCGGCUUCGUGGUGGUCUCCAAACGGCACGAGGAGACGGGCCGCUUCUUCGGCGACGUCGACGGCACUGUCAUGAACGCUCUGCUCAACCACAACGUGUACAGGCGCAUCACCAUGUUCGACUACCAGGGCGUCUGUCUGGACGUCGUGUCCACCGGCAGCUCGGCCUGGACUCUGCUGACGCCGCUGCGGUAUCUGCAGUGGUUCGCCAGCUGGCUGGGCGGUAAGAUGCUCUGGCUGCUGGUCCAGUCCAACCUGCUGCACCUGCUCGACAUCAACCUGGCGUGGGCCGCCGAGACGGUCGUUAACGACAACAUGGAUCACGGAGCCGGCGGUGACGGCGACGCCAUGUACGACUACGACAGCAAGCACACCUGUGUCCAAGUCGCCGACAGCCAUCAGCUCUUCAAGAUGGCGCACAUCAACAAAACGCGACCGCGCCCAUGCGACAAGCAUGUCGGUCUGUACACGCUCAACCACAACACCAAGCCGCUCAAGGCCUCGCUGGAGCACUGCUACGGUAUCGACAGCAGUUCGUGUAGCAGGCAGUUUGUGCUGGAGAAGGUGCCGUACACCAACCUGAUGAUGCUGGUGGUCAACACGCUAUGCCCGUGCGAGGGAGACAUGAUCUCGAUCGAGGCGCACGAGUGGGAGUACGAGAACGGCACGCAGUGCGCGCGGGAGCGGCUCGAGCCGUACCGGAGGCGGCCACAGUCCUGCCAGAGCUACCACGCAGAGGAGGAGAACAUCGACAUGUGUGGCAGGAGCGGCGCGACGCGGCUCGUGCCGCUGGCCGUCGGCUGGCUGGCGCUGCUGGGCGCGCAGCUAGUGGACGCGUGCUCGCGGCGUGACGCGCGCUUCUCCGACCUGGCGCUGACCGAGCUGCUCGACCUGGUCAUCGCGCGCUCGGCGGCCGCCGGCGGCGGCGUGCGCGUGGCGCUCAAGCUGGAGCUGACGGGCGUGGGCGAGGUGGCUGCCGUACUGCCCGUGCUGUGCGCCCGGCUGCCCAACGUCAGCUUCCCGGUGUGGCUGGCGGCCGAGUGGCUGCUGCUGCGGCUGCCCAACAGCACGCUGACCGUGUUCAGCGGCGGCGUGGACCGGCAGCCGACCGAGACCGUGCACUGGCCGACGGUGGUGGCGCUGCGGCGCACCGUCGGUGCGCACCGGCUCCUCUUCGAGCUGCACGCGCCGCUGUACCGCCAGCUGGCGCACGCCCUCUGCCGCUACGCUGACGAGUGUGACGCCCGACCACGGCUGGAGGGGGCCGACGAGGCCGGCGCGCCUCAGCCGGCCGCCGCUCAUCUCCGUCUCAUCGCACUCCUGCUGGCGCUCGGCUGGAUCGCCCAGCCUGGCGGGCUUUAG